CCGGCCCAGAGACCUGAAGACUCAGGUUUGAGUCAGGGCUCUUUGACUAGCUGUGUGUUCUUGUGCAAGUUUUUCCCUCUGGGGCGUAAUCUGCACAUCUGAAAGCAAGGUGAAGUAAAAACGCCUUUCUCCUAAAAGCUUGUGAAGACUUAAGGAUGUGUCUUUGGUUCUUAAAUGUUGAGUGUUGGCUGGAGUGACCCAGAAAGUGUGUUCAUAGGAAAGAUUUCUGUCCUGCCCCACACUCCCUGGAUGGUUAUUCUCGUACCGGGGGUUCAGAGACCUGACUUGGAGGAACCCCACCGUAGGGAGUGGUAGGUGAGAAUCCUCACUGAACUGUGAAGCGAGGAGAUAAUUUGACAGGGGCCUCGCCGACCUGGCCCUCUGCUCUUCAUGGAGCUGGGUGCCUGCUGGGACCAACCUGGCGCCCCCACUUGUCCCCUGGGAAGUGCCUUAGGAGAGGUUUACCCAUCCAGCUCUCUGGUCUCUGGCUCACAGAUAGGAAGACUGAGGCCCAGAGCUCAGAAUCCAUGGGUCCAGCCUCGAGAGGGAAACAGACAUAAAGGGUUCUGGCUCUGGUCUCAGGGCGGUUCUACAGGGAUGAGAGCAGACAAAGGUGCAACCUGAGCUCAGAGUCCGGUCCCUGUGGGGCCGGCCCAGGGGACAGACAAGACUGUGAGGGCCCAGAUCACUGAGUAAGGACCCAACAACUCAAGGCGAGUUAAACAGCUAGAUUCAACUCCCAGCUGCGAAUUACUAGGUGUGGCCACGGGCUCGUUAUUAAGCACAAUGCCAUUUUGUUCCUCUGGGCCUCAGUUCUCUUAUCUGUGAAAAGGGAAUAAUAAUAGUACUUUUCUCAUGGUGUGGACAGAAGUUGAAGUUAGUGCUUUGUAAAUGUGAGCUAUCGUGUGUUUUUUUAUUAAAGAGAAACUUUAUCAGUCAGGCUGUCCAGAGAUGGUCUGGAAAGGAGGUAGUGAGUCCCUCAUCCAGGGAUAGGGAGAGAUCCUCUGGAAACGUGAGAUCCCCUGGAAAGUUGAUCCUCAAGCCCUUUAAUUCACUUUCCAGCCCCAGAAUUUAGUGGGAAAAGUGAAAAAACAACAACAAGGUGAUGGUGGAACAACGUUGAGUGGGAUUGGGGCCAAAAACCAGAGCGGAGAUGCAGGAAGAGCUUCCUGGGCGAAGUGGGGCUCAAAGGAAGGAUUGAUGGGGUGUGUAACGGCCAGGAAGGACCUGGGAACUUGCAUGGCGUGAUGGAAGCCAUGGAAAGUUCUUGAGUGUCACACAGUACUUUAGGGAGAAGACGCUGCCUGCCUGUGUACACCAGAUUAUGUGUGUAGGGGUGGGGGACUGAGGCAGGUCCACCAGGCAGAAGGGUGCUGACUCUAAAGAUGCAGCCCGUGCCACUCACUCCAGGGGGUCCAGUGUCCUCCCUGGGCCAUAAUGUAGAAGCCACCAAGCCCUGAGGUGUACAGACAGGGAAACAGGCUUAGAAGGAGCAUGAGAAAGAACUCAGGCCCCCUGCCUCCCAACCUCGCUUCUGGGCACACCAGGCUCCCUUUUCUAUAGCAGAUCCUCACCCCCACCCAGGCUGCCCCCAGCAGCUGCUGCUGCGCACUCCUUAAGUGGAUCUGCCCUAAUCCUCUCCCUUCAUCCCCCAGGGAGGAUGAGCUGGUGUUAGGGCUAAUGCAGCUGUUAAUCCUAUUUCCUUUCAGCCAUGAUCCACAGGAGCAGCUGUGUGGACGGUGUCUGGCUCUGAACCGAGAAUGAAGGGGCCUCGGCUCGAGUGGGUGUCCCGGGAAGCCAGAUCAGAUACAUUGAGUAUGACUCAGAGGCUUCUAACUGCUAGCGAUGGUUCAAGCUGCCUCGGGAGUGACUGAGCUUCCUAUGACCAGAGCUAGGGGAGCAGGAGCCCACAGUGAUUCCAGAGCAGGGGUGGGCGAUUCCUGUCUGGGGUGGAGUCCCUUAUAGCCGUGCAAGGCCAGAAUUCUGUGCGACCGUUGCUGCCUCUGAAAGCUAACCCACCAGAGUGGAAAAACAAAAUGCAUAUGCUGGGGGCCUACCACUUCCAGACAGACGGUGCCAGUCACCACAGUGAGCCCACUGGUUUUGGCCUCUCGUGGGCCUACCUCUGCCUUCCCUGGGCACUUGGAGACCUUCAGGCCAGACCCCCAUCUGGGUAGUCUCGAUGUCUGCAGCCAUGCAUAGGACCCUGCAUCCUGGCACAGGCCUUGGAGGCUGAGCCGAAGGAGGAGGAUGAGCUUUGCCCAUCGAGGCCAUGGAGGUGGAGACUGUGGAGGCCCGGUCCCCAGGCCCUGGCUACAAGCGUUCGGGCCGCCGCUACAAGUGCCUGUCCUGUACUAAGACGUUUCCAAAUGCGCCCAGGGCAGCACGCCACGCUGCCACCCAUGGGCCUGUAGACUGCGCGGAGGAGGUGGCAGAGGUGAAGCUGAAGCCAGAGACGGAAUCUAAAACAGAGGAUGCCAGCGGGGACAAAGUGUCAGGCGCCGCGGCCAAGCCCCGGCCUUACGCAUGCCCACUGUGCCCCAAGGCCUACAAGACGGCACCAGAGCUGCGCAGUCAUGGGCGCAGCCACACGGGCGAAAAGCCCUUCCCUUGCCCCGAGUGUGGCCGCCGCUUCAUGCAGCCUGUGUGCCUGCGCGUGCACCCCGACUGCGGCAAGAGCUUUGCGGACCCUUCUGUGUUCCGCAAGCACCGGCGCACGCACGCCGGCCUUCGGCCCUAUGGCUGCGAGCGCUGCGGCAAGGCCUAUGCCGAGCUCAAGGACCUGCGCAACCACGAGCGGUCCCACACCGGAGAGCGCCCCUUCCUCUGCUCCGAAUGCGGGAAAAGCUUCUCGCGGUCAUCCUCGCUCACGUGCCACCAGCGCAUCCACGCAGCACAGAAGCCCUAUCGCUGCCCCGCCUGUGGCAAGGGCUUCACUCAGCUCAGCUCCUACCAGAGCCACGAGCGCACGCACUCUGGCGAGAAGCCCUUCCUGUGCCCCCGCUGCGGUCGCAUGUUCUCUGACCCCUCGAGCUUUCGGCGCCACCAACGGGCACACGAGGGCGUGAAGCCUUACCGCUGCGAGAAGUGUGGCAAGGACUUCCGGCAGCCGGCGGACCUGGCCAUGCACCGGAGGGUGCACACCGGCGACCGGCCGUUCAAGUGCCUGCAGUGUGACAAGACGUUCGUAGCUUCCUGGGACCUUAAGCGCCAUGCGCUGGUGCACUCGGGCCAGCGGCCCUUCCGCUGCGAGGAGUGCGGACGAGCCUUCGCCGAGAGAGCCAGCCUCACCAAGCACAGCCGAGUGCACUCGGGUGAGCGCCCCUUCCACUGUAACGCCUGCGGGAAGUCCUUUGUGGUGUCCUCCAGCCUGCGGAAGCACGAGCGGACCCAUCGAAGUAGCGAGGCCACCGGGGCUCCCGCACCGCAGGAGCUGGUCGUGGGCCUCGCACUGCCCGUCAGCGUGGCAGGCGAGGGCUCAGUGGCCCCCGCGGCAGGUGCAGGGCUCGGGGACCCUCCAGCAGGGCUGCUAGGGCUGCCCCCAGAAUCAGGCGGUGUGAUGGCCACCCAAUGGCAAGUGGUGGGCAUGACGGUGGAGCACGUGGAGUGCCAAGAAGCUGGGGUGGGGGAGGCUCCUGGUCCCUUGGAGGGGACAGGCGAGGCGGGGGGUGAGGAGGUGGACGAGAAGCCUCCGCAGUUUGCGUGCCGGGAGUGCAAGGAGACGUUCUCCACGCUGACGUUGCAGCGAAGGCAUGAGCGCUCACACCCGGAGCUCCGGCCCUUUCCCUGCACCCAGUGUGGCAAGAGCUUUUCAGACCGGGCUGGGCUGCGCAAACACAGCCGCACACACAGCUCUGUGCGCCCCUACACCUGCCCCCACUGCCCCAAGGCCUUCUUGAGUGCCAGCGACCUACGAAAGCACGAACGCACCCACCCUGUGCCCAUGGAGACCCCCACACCUCUCGAGCCCCUUGUGGCUUUGCUAGGAAUGCCUGAAGAGGGGCCAGCCUGAGGCCCAUGGCCCUUCCCUCUGAACUCCCGGGAGUUCAGCCCCCACAGGGUGCCUCCCGAACCUCCCUUUGCCCCAGCUUACUCUUCUAGACUCCACAUCCCUGCCCCCCAGGUGGCCAGCUUACCUUCCCUACAAAGAGAUCUGGGGACAGUGGAGGCGGGCACCUGCUGUUCAGAGACAUGGCUCUGUGAGUAACACAUUAAAGCAUUCACUUUGACCCUG